AUCCAAGCAGCACAAGCACCAGCACCGCUGUUGAUCGCGAAACCUCGCAAAAAAGCAUUAAGUAUCUGGCCAAAGCAAGCCCACCUGAUCAACGCGUUUCACCAACACCAACAGCAACAGCAAGCGAAAAACAAUUCGAAUCAGCGCAGCCGCCGCUCGCUGUUCAUCUACGCUAACAGCUCCUCCUUAUUCUACCAGCGUAGCAUAGUACUAGCAGACCAACUUCUUAUUCCGUCAUCCGUUCAUCUCCCUAGAUAUCUCUCGACGCAAUGGCCGCCAAGCAGUGGGGUUGGGCCGACACUCUGAAGCAGGCCGCAGCGAUCAAAUCCGUCCCCAAGGAGUGGGUCCCGCACGUUAAAGACGCUAGCCCCUGGCCCGCACCCGCCGCUCUGCCGUGGGCUGCUGCCCCGAACCCUUUCCAGACCUGCCACGUGUUCGAACGAGAAUUUCAGCUGCCCGUCGCUGCGAGCCCCGCGACCAGCCGCGCCAGCAGCUUCGACAGCACCGAUCGCGUCUGCGCCGCAGCCGCCGUCCCCGCCCCCACCGUGCCGUUCCCCCAGCCGCAGUGGCCCACCGCGGAGUUCUUCCUCCGCGCGGGCUCUGCGGCGGAGUGCGCGCGGGAGGGGGAGGGGCAAGGGGAGGUUUGCAUGGAGGCGGAGGCGACGUCGGACAUGCGCGGAGUGGAGGAGUCGUUCCGCGCGGUGCCCAUUGCGCAAAGCCCCUUCCAUUUCUUCAUUCGCGAAGAUGCGGGCGAAAUGGGCGGGAUGGAGUGGAAAGUGGCGUCGCCAGUUACCACGCUGAAGCGGGCCGAUUCUUUCGCCAGCAGCAGCAGCAGCGGCUCCCUCGACGCGUUCGCUCUGCCGCCCGCCGCCGAUGUCGCCACGCCGUCGCACAGCAGCGACGACAGCGGCUGCGACUUGAGCCUUUCGCUGAGACUACCUGCCGCGUUCUGAGUGCGUUCUGACUUCGCAUUGGUGUUAUGAGUAUCAGUACUGGAGGGGGACACGGAGGCGUGUUAGGGUUACCUAUACGAUGAGAAGAGCGCAAUGAUCCGAUAUGCGUAGGCGGCUUCGCAGAAGCGUUGAUGCCAACGCGCAAUAGCGCCUAUCGCCGGUGAAUAAGUGGUUCCGAGACUGCAUUGGGAGUAAUAAGUGGUCCAGAAUCGCAGCUGGCUAGGGCCGCCCGAAUCGAGGUGGUUAGCGAGCAUGACUUGGCGAGAGAAAUGACCUCUAAGAUCUUUGACUAUAUUUGACGAUGUAUACAAAGGCG